AUGGAUAGACGUUGGGUGCAUGGUGUGCUCUUUACGCCUGAGUAUAUUUCUGGAGUCAAGUCUUUCAUGAACUUCAUUAGAGGGAGGUUUACUGAGACAGAACAAAUUUUGUGCCCAUGUAGUCGGUGUAUGAACCAUCAAUAUCUACACCAAAAUGAUGUGGAGAGGCACCUAUUGCUCAAUGGCAUGUCCAGUACAUAUACAAGGUGGAUAAAUCAUGGAGAGGCCACCGCUUUUCAUGUUUUGGAUGAACCAGUUCAUGAGGAUGAAAAUGCUAAUUCUGUGAUAUUUGAGGACACUAAUGGCGACGGACUUGAAGGGAUGUUAAGGGACCUCGUCAACAAUGAACAUGUAAAUGAUGAUGGACAUGAAGAUGGAAACCCAUCCAAUGAUGCUGCAUCACAAUUCAAACAUCUGAUUGAAGAGGCUAAGCGUGAGCUAUAUUCUGGUUGCACCAAUUUUUCAAGGCUCACAUUUGUAAUCAAGAUGCUCCAUGUGAAGUCAUACUACAGGAUCACUAACUCAGCAUUUUCGGGAAUGUUGAAGAUCUUGUCGGAUGCUUUCCCAGAGUUCAACACUAUUCCAAAAUCAUAUGAUGAAGCAAAGAAAAUGCUUCGUGAAUUAGGACUUGGUUAUAUAUCAAUUCAUGUGUGCCCGAACAAUUGUGUGCUAUUUAGAAAGACAUAUGCAAAAUUAGAUAAUUGUCCAAUUUGUGAUGCAUCAAGAUGGAAAGAUCUUGAGAAGAAGAAGGUUCCUACAAAAGUAUUACGGCAUUUUCCAUUGAUCCCUAGGCUACAAAGGUUGUUUGUUUCCAAGAAAUCAUCUGAAGAAGUACAGUGGCAUAAGUUGAAGAGGAAACACAAUGAGAAGCAAAUGACCCAUCCUGCCGAUGGAAAGGCAUGGGAAGAUUUUGACAAGUGCUGGCCUGAUUUUGCUGAAGAUGCACGAAACCUAAGACUUGGACUUGCCACAGAUGGUUUCAAUCCUUUUAGCAACAUGAGUUCAUCUUAUAGCAUGUGGCCUGUUUUUGUGAUUCCAUACAACUUACCACCAUGGUUAUGCAUGCAAGAAUCUAAUUUCAUGAUGGCUUUGCUAAUUCCUGGUCCUCAUUCACCCGGGAAGGCCUUUGAUGUUUUCAUGCAGCCUCUUGUGGAAGAUUUACUUGAGCUAUGGUCUGGUGUGGACACUCUUGAUGCUAUGACAGAAAAAAGUUUUAAGCUUCGUGCUGCAGUGUUGUGGUGCAUUCAUGACUAUCCAGCACUGAGUACUCUAUCAGGGCGUACCACAAGUGGUUACUUUGCUUGUCUCCAUUGUGAUAAAAAUCCUCUAUCCUAUGCCAUAAGGGGCAAGCUAUGUUAUAUUGGGCACUGUCGUUUUCUUCCGAGAGGUCAUCGCUUGCGCAAAGCCAGUGAUUUCAACUCUCUCCAUGAUAGUAAUGCAAAGCCAGGUACUUUCACUAGCGAAGAGUUGCUAGAAGAAUUAGAAAAGGUUAAAAAUGUAAGAGUUGGACAAAAAAGGAAGCGUUCUGGGAAUCGUGUGCCAAUUUGGGGUAGAAGAGUUUGUUUGUGGGAGUUACCAUAUUGGUCAUCUCUGAAGCUUAGACACAAUCUUGAUGUCAUGCACAUUGAAAAAAAUGUGUGUGAAAGCCUGCUUGGUACCAUUGUUGACAUAAAAGGGAAGUCAAAAGACACAGUUAAUGCAAGGUUAGAUCUUGCUGAUCUAAAAAUUAGAAAGGAGUUGCAAUUACAUCGUACUGGAGAUUCAUAUGACAUGCCUAAAGCUCGCUACACGUUGUCCAAGUCAAAGAAGACUAAAUUUCUUAAUUUCCUGAAGGACGCCAAGUUUCCAGAUGGGUAUGCUUCAAAUAUACAAAGAUGCUUAACUAGUGAUGCAAUCAAGUGGCAAGGCCUGAAAACUCAUGACUGUCACAUUUUGUUGCAAAGGAUUAUGCCUGCUGGGCUGAGGGGGUUGUUGGACGAUGAUAUCUAUCAAACAAUUGCUGAGUUAGGCAAAUUUUUCAGGGAAUUGUGCAGCCAAAGACUGAACAAAGAUUUGCUGGCCCGAAUGAAGACAGAAAUACCUGUCAUAUUGUGCAAGCUUGAGAAAAUAUUCCCCCCUGCUUUUUUUGAUGUAAUGGUUCACCUUGCUAUCCAUUUACCAGAUGAGGCCAUCCUUCGUGGACCUGUGCAAUUUGGUUGGAUGUAUCCAAUUGAACGGCGCUUGUAUACUUUGAAGAGGUCUGUUAGGAACAAAGCACGUCCAGAAGGCUCAAUUGCAGAGGCUUAUGUUGCAGAAGAAGCCCUCACAUUUUGUUCCAGGUACAUGGAAGAUAUGGAGACAGAGUUUAAUCGACUCCCAAGAAAUGUUGGAUUUUCAAAUCAAUCAGCCUAUACUGUUGAUGUUUUUGGGCAUGGUGUUAAUCUUAUUGGUGCAUGUGAUCUUUACUACUCUGAGGAAAUAGAUCAGUUGGUUUGGUAUGUUCUCCAUAACUGUGAUCAAGCCGAGGAAUACAUAAAAAUGUUUCAAGAUGAAUUAUCAGCAUCAGGGGUGGCUGCUGUAGAUCUUCAUAGGAGGAUUGCACAAGGCGCUGAAACAAUCCCUUUGCAGAUGUGGAGGUUGAAUGUAUCAGAGGAGGUAAAUGAUGAUUUAUUUGCCUUAGCAUGUGGCCCUGACAUGAGAGUAAGAUCAUACUACACAUGUGUUGUCAAUGGUGUUAGGUACAACACCGUCGAGCGUGAUAAAAACAAGAAGACCCAGAACUCUGGAUUGACAUGUAAAGGCGCACAGAAAAAUGAGAUAAUUGAUUUUUAUGGUACAUUGAAAGAGAUUAUUGAGUUACAGUAUACCAGCAAGGAUGAUGGCACAAAUCGAUCAGUUGUGGUUUUUAGAUGUGACUGGUACAAAUUGGAUGGUAAGCAUACUGCAGUGAAGGAUGAUGGAUUCUACAAAAGUAUCAAUAUUAGCAGUUUGUGGUAUAAAAAGGAUUGCUUUAUUCUGGCAACUCAAGCAACACAGGUUUUUUAUUUGCCAGAUAAUAAGUACGGAACGAAUUGGCGGGUUGUCCAAACGUUUAAGCAUCGUCAUUUGUACAAUGUGACUGAAAUAGAUGAAGUUGUAUCGACCGCUGCACCCUAUCAAGAGCAGACAUGUGCUGUGGAUAAUGGCAGAAGACCAGAAGUAUCUGACAUUGUACCUAACAUACCUUUAAACCGAGAUGAUGAAGAUGGCCAUGUUGUUGAGGCUGCUGAGGUUGCACUGCUUACAAAGGAAAAUCAAUUAAAUACUAAUAUUGAAGCUGAAGAAGGAGAUGAGGAGGAGGAUGACACACUCAUGGAGUACUGGAGUGAAGAAGAAGAAAUUGCCCCAGUUGAGGUAGAUAGCGAUGAUGAGUAG